AUGGAAGUGUAUGGUGCACCACACAUGAUCCAGCUCUAUGACAUGAUGGAGAAAUGGUCUAAGGUCAUGGAGCCCGGCAACACACCUCCCGUCGACAUCUAUUCCUUUCUUUACUAUAUUCCGCAGCGAUUCUUGGGUAACUGGAUUGGUCGUGCACAAGGCGUCAACACUGAGAUAAACGAGUUGUACGCUGAAUACCUCAACCGCGUCUCGCAGCGCCGCAGGGAAGUCGGCAGCACCGGCUCUUUCAUAAAUAUAGUCAUGGAUCAAAAUGAGAAGCUUGACCUCAACCGUCAUCGUCAACGGCUGGGGCCUUCACCACAACAAAGUCCGCUUUCCGAACCCAGACUUUGA